UAGCUUCCUUGGAAACAAAAGCUCAAAAAAAUUAGACUAGCCUAUAGAUCUAGAUCUAGAUUUCGAUCUAGCAAAGUCCUGCUAAUUAUUGCUAGAAUCAGUCAAGCACACAUUCUUCUAAGGCCGCGAUCUAAAAUAUAUUAUAAUGUCUUUAUCAUCAAUUAUAGACAAGAUCUAGAGAGUCUUUAAUUUAUAAUAUUAAUACUUAUUAAUAGGUUCUAAAAUACUAAAUCUUUAGUCUUUAUCUUUUAUUAAAAAAAAAAAAAAAUGACGGUUAGUUUAGAAGAAUAUUUUCGCACAACUUUUGAGGAUAAACUCCUCGUAAAAAUGCCAGAGAGGGAAGAUGAUCAUCUAACGCCUGCUACAAGAUUACUUGAGAAAAGGCGUGAAAUGGCAGAAGUAGAGCAAGCAUUAGCAGCACAGAAAGAGGAAUUCCAAAUGAAAAUGGAAAGCUUACAGCAAAGAAGAGAAGAACUGGAGAGAAAAGAAUUUCAGUUAAAAGAAUCUUUAUUAAAAUUUGAUAAAUUUCUGAAGGAAAAUGAUUCCAAACGAGCUCGGGCUGUCAAGAAAGCAAAUGAUGAGCGUGAGCUUAAAAAACAAAAAGAUAAAGAAAUUGAGAGAGUAAAAGAAGAAACAGAAGCAUACCAGAAACAAAAGGAAAUGUUGCAAAAGAAAGUAGAAAAAUAUGUUAUAUUUCAUAACUAUAUGGAUAAAGUUCUUGAGGCAGGAGAAGACUUUCAUGAGAUUCGAGAUAUUAUCACUAGAUGGGACACUCUUACAGCUACACAUCAAGAUUUACUUGAAAGGGAUCAACUCAAUCAUGAAAAAGUUGAAAAGCAGCGUCAAGACCUGAUGAAAUAUAUGGAAGAGAAAGAGAACCAAGUUCUCAAUUACAACAAUCAACUUUCCACAUUGCAGACCAGACUGGAUGCAGCGCAGAGUGAGGCAGUCAAGUGGGAAAGUAAAUGGACACAUAUCAAGAAUACAGCAGCAAAGAAAACUCUCUUGUUGGGGAGGAUUAAAAUGGCAACACACAAUUUGUAUCAGUUGGUAAGAAGCCAUCAAAAUCAGUUGGAUGAUGUAGAAGAUACAACAGAACAGUUGAUACAGAUCCAAUUGUUUGUUCAAGAUCUAAACCAAAUCACCAGUGAAAUUAAAAAGAUGGAACACACAGGGACAUCAAUAGUACCAUCUUCCUCUAGUUAAAAAGAAUUGUGGGUAAUAUUUUGUUUGGUGCAUGUGUAGUGUCAGUUUGUAUGGAAGAACAUUUUUUUUUGGCUUUAUGUAAACAUUUUUUUUAUAUAUGUGAAAUUGUUUUUUUUUUUGUUUUAUGUGAAUAAUGACUUUUAUAUUAUGAAAGAAACAAGAUUUAAUAUUUAUUGAAAUGAACAAGAUAAAACUUCACAGAAAAUACCAAGGACUGGAAAAUAUUUUAUACUAGCUGGUUAUGACCUUCCAGCCUAAGUUUGGGUAUUACUCAUCUACUGACAUAUAUAAAAUAAUGUGAAAACGGGUUACUGGAUUUGUUAAAAAGUUUUGUUCUUUAAUAGAGAUAAAUUUAGAUAGUUUUUUUAUGGCCUUCCGGUUGUGGGUGGGAUUUAAACAUACACUAUGGUCUCUGCCUUGAUCUAAGGAACAUUUAUGACAAGCUUAUCAAGAUUAGUCAAACGAUUUCGAUUUCUAUUCAAGACAUACAUAGAAACAUACUCCUUACAUGCUACUUUAUAUGUUAGAUAAAUGUCAACUUGUCUUCAAAUACAGAAAUACUGCUACAGAAAGAAUUACUGGUAAUAAGUUUAGUUUUAAUAGAAUUUAUAUAUAAUAUAAAAAAUAAAUAGCAUGGUGAUUAUUGUAUUGUGAUAAUUAUAUGUAGGCAUUUUUCUUUUGUUUGACCAAUUUCUUGAUAUAGGAGUUUAAUUUCAUAAGCAUACCACAUUUUUUUAUUGUAAUUUUGUGUGUGUGUAAUUUUCAUUAUUCUUGUUUGUAAGAUAAUUAAUGGAAGAGUAGAUACUUUUUUUUGUUGAGAAAUGAUUUAUUAAUAACUGUAUUUCUGUGAUUGGGUUUCUUAUAAGGGUGUGUUUCUCCUUAUAAAUAUAACAUUUGAUGGGCAAGAAAAUUAUGUUAUGUAGAGGAUAAUGUUGAUAUGAUGUUGAUACUAUAAAUAUGUAUGCAAUGUAAAAUGAGUAUAAUUAGAGUUAUCUGGAAAUUUAGAAUCAACAUUUUUAUUUCUUAUUGAUAACAAUUGUUAGAAAUUGAUUUAUUUUGUAUAUUUUAAACUGUCUUUAAAAAAAAUUUGAUGUAUUAUGUUUAUGAUCUUUUUUUUAAAACUUAUAUUAGUAGCUUUUCAUAGUGAUUCAUUGGAUUCAAAUUAUAAAGAUACAGUAAGCAUACUUGAUAGUUAUGAUGGGGGUAGUGAAUGUUAUUUAUUUAAAUUUAAAAAUAAUAAAUUUGUAUGUUAAUUCAGUGUUGUGUUUAUAUACCAAGAACACUCAAAAUAAAUGUUAUGUUCCUUGAAAUAUC